UAUGGAUUUCACAGAAGCCACUCCCAUGAUAAAGACAUACCCAUCUGAUCCAUGCAAUUCGUUUUAUGAUCCUUUUUCAACAGCAGCCCCAUUUCCUGUAGAUUUAUUAGAAACUCCUCUGCAACAGUAUUCUUCUGCAUUGUCCUCUCCAAAGAGAUUGUCGCCAUCAAUUCACAUGAUGCCCCCAACACGACCACUAAUGCACCAGGCACAAACAGGGCAGACAAGUCACCCCUUACAUAUCUCAACCAUGGACAGUACUGAGGCACUAAGGCGUGAACUUGAAAGAGAGAAGAUGAUGAAAAGACUUUUGAUGACAGAACUCUAAAAUUCUUGUGUUUAUCAUGAGAAUAGCAGACUGGGGCCUGCCUAGUGCCUUGUGUCUUUUUACAUUCCACUGUGUUCUUCAAAACAAAAAUACAUUGCCGAAACCAUAUAUAUCUUAGUGCAUUUAAUUAAA